CAAAAUUCCAAUUCUCCCAAAAAAAAAAAAAAAAAACCCCCGACUUUCUCUUAAAUCAAAGCCCAGGUGUCUGCUAAUGGUGAAAUCAAAGCAAAGGCAGUUAGCAACAAAGCAUGCAAACAAGAAAAAUGCUCAAGGUGGCAACUUGGACUCUUCAAACCCCAACAUUGAGUUGGACCUGCUUGGAGAAGAUGGUUGGGUUGUAGUUAAAAAGCAGAGAGUCACCAUUCUUAUACCACCAUUACCUGUGGCUACGAAGUCAAAAAUAACAAACCAGGGACCUGGUCAAUUAGAAGCCAUGCCUAGAAAAGAAGUGGAGGACCAAUCAAGGCUCUCUGUUCAGACAUGUUCCAAGUUGCCAUCUGGGAAUGGACAAGAGAAGUCCACUUCAUCAGCUCAUAGAAAGGGUAUUGAAAUUACUAGAUCUCCUGCUCAACACAUUUUAACUUUAGCCAGGUCUCCAGCUCAAGGUGUUAGACUGGAGCCAGAAAUUUCAAGUCAACUGGUUACUUUAAAAUCUCAUAAAAUAUACAGAGUGCCUGAAGCCUCAAAAACUAUCAGGAGGCCGAGAUCAAUGCAUUGCCCUAAUGUUCCCAUUGCCGGGAGCAUGUUACUAAACCGAAGGCUGAGGGUGUCAAAUCUUGAGAGGAAGCUUCAACAAGCUGGUGGGUUGAGCAGGUGGCUGACAUCUAUAGGACUAGGUCAGUUUGUAAGGAUUUUUCAGGCCAAAAGUGUCAAUAAAUUUCAGUUGGUGAAUCUAAAUAUGCAAAAGCUUAAAGAUAUGGGUGCAGAUGCAGUUGGUCCCAGGAGAAAGUUGAUCCAUGCUAUUGACUGUGUCUGUCAGCCAUUUUGCUUUGAGGCCAUAUAGAUAUACCUGGAGCUAGUUGCAAUAGCUGAAUUAGAAGGGAGAAGUUGAAGAAUGGAGCAGUUUGAACUUUUUUUUUUUUGGGUAGAUAUUCAGGUUGUAACCACAGCAAUUUGACACAAGGGAGUGAGAGCUUAUAUUGCAGCUAUCCUCUACCGGCUGCAUGUAUGUUGAGACAAUUACUUGGGUUAGAUAUCAUACUAACCAGGUUGGAAAUGAUGACUUUAUCGUGUUCCAAAAUUUUAUAAGCAAUUUGUGCAUGAUCCAGGGCCAAAUCAAAAGGGUUACUCCAGGAUGUGUAGAGGAGAUAUAUACAGUUAAUUUUACAUGGCUCAUCAGCUGGAAAUCCUUCUUGACUUGUCAGCCUGCAUUUCAAAUUUUUACUAUGUUAAGGACCGAGCAUAGAAACUCAGGAAAAUUUACGAGUUUUCUGUCGUUACUACCUGCUGUAUCUAAUCCCGAAUCCAACUCCAUUAGCAAAACUCUCUCAGACAGUCGCAGGUCCUUAAACUUUGCAAAUUUCUUCGGUUUGUUUGGUUGAGAUACAACUCAAACUCAUCCUAAUUUCCAUGGUUAGGACAUUGUUGUGGCACCUCUCAAAUGCGUCUGUUAUGUCAAAACAGGGUUUUUUUUUUUU